CAUUUAUCAGCUAAAGGAAAAAGCAAGGCUAGGUUACUGUUAUUUAUAUAUAGAUGUAUUUGCACAAAAAUAAUUGAUUAGCAGUUUAUUCAUAAUUUAUUGAAUGUUCGUUCACAUCUCGUUCAACUAUAAUUAUUACAACGAUUAGAAUGAGUGCUAGGAGAAAUGUAGGAGCCAGUUGGCGGAAUUCUGGGGCCCCAAAGCUGCAAAAACAAAGAAAGGAACAUGUCAGAUUUGGUGUGAACAAGGGUAGUGCAAGCAGGAAUAAACUGGUAAUUGAUGAACAUAUCCAAGAAGCCACUCCAGAAUGUUUAAGAAUUGAGAUUGAUAAGAUAUUCAACGAGUUCUUGGCAGAUCCUGAUAAGACUGAAUACAUUUUUCCGUCUGAAUAUAAUAAUUUGCAAAGAAAAUAUGUGCAUUAUAAGGCCCAGAUAAUGAAUCUGGUCUCAAGAUCUCAUGGCAAAGAGCCCAAUAGGCAGCUGCAUUUGCUCAAAAAACCGAAACAGUUAGCGAGCCAGUCAGUUCAGGUGCAAAUCUGUAAUGAAGUCUAUGAAGAACUGCAGGAGUUCGAUAAGAAGUUUAGUAAAAUUCAAACAGAGCCUCAGACUUACAGGGCAAUUAAACGAUUUGAAAAAGUGUAUGGUAAAAUACAGGACGGCGAACCUGUGGUUCCACAGAGAGCUAAUAAUGUGCAUCAGGGUAUUGAGACUGUUCGGCAUAGUCUUCCGAUCUUUGAGAAACGAAACCUUGUAAUGGAUUGCAUUAAUUUGAAUCAGGUCACAAUUAUUUCCUCUGAAACUGGUUCUGGAAAAACAACUCAAAUCCCUCAAUACAUUUUGGAGGACGCUGUAUCUAAUAACCAACCUUGUAAGAUAAUAUGCACUCAGCCUCGCAGAAUUUCAACUAUUGCUGCCGCUGAUAGGGUUGCUUAUGAAAGAGGCGAAACAGUUGGAGGCAGUGUUGGCUAUCAUAUUAGGCUCGAAUCGAAAUGCGGAUACAAUACCAACCUGUUAUUUUGCACCAUUGGUGUGUUCUUGAGAAACUUAAUGUGUGGCAACAAGUGCUUGAAAAACCUAACUCAUGUGAUAGUAGAUGAAAUUCACGAAAGAGAUAAAUUGAGCGAUUUCUUGCUAAUUUGCCUUAAACAAAAUUUGAACCAGUUUCCCCAUUUAAAGGUCAUUCUUAUGUCAGCCACAGUGAACACCGUUAAAUUUCAAGAAUACUUUAAUUCAAGCGCUGUACUUUCAAUUGCUGGUCGUUUGCACGAUAUUCAAACAUAUUUUCUAGAAGAUAUCUUAAGUAUGACCAAGUAUUUUACACCUCAGAUGCGUAGUGCGAUGGUCAAAUUAGCAAACAAGAAAUCGAACUCACACAGUUUUACACAACAGAAAAACGUACGAUUUUCAGAACAAGAUCAGACCAACUUUAACUUGACCUUAGAUGCUUAUAGGAAUUUCAGUGACGACUAUAAUUACACCGUGCAUUAUGAUGAAGCUACUGCUGAUCUCCUUCAAUUAUUUAUUUCUGAAGACGUUCCUGUUGAUCAGCAGCACUCUUUAAAAGGUUGGACCGCUUUAAUGAUUGCGUGUCAGUUAGGAGAUGUGGAGUUUGUCAGUAAAUUGUGUACAUUAGGUGCAAGUACCGAUAUUGCAGAUGCCAUGGGAAGAACUGCGUUUGAUUAUGCAAAAGAUUUAAAUAAAAAUGGCGUUUUGCAAUUGUUGACCACAAGGCAGGCCGAUAAGAAAACUAAUGAGUGUAACACUGAUGACUUGCAAUUUUUGAGGCAGCUCUAUGAUAUGACUACUCCUGAUGAUUUCAUUGAUUAUGAGCUUAUCGUUGCUCUAAUCAAGUAUAUACAUGCUAACUCCGACACAGGAUCUAUACUGGUUUUUUUGCCUGGGUAUGACGAAAUAAUGCAGUGUAACGAUUGCGUUAUGGAUUCUGAGCUUGCCGGGAUAUACAGGAUUUUUUUCCUACACAGCAGCAUGAACAUGAAGGAUCAAUGUGAUAUUUUCAAGUCCCUGCCAAAUCAGAGAAAGUUGAUAUUAAGCACGAACAUCGCCGAAACCAGUAUAACAGUUGAAGACGUCGUCUUUGUUAUUGAUGUUGGUAAAGCCAAAGAAAAAGUUUAUGAUUCGUAUAAUAAACUGUCCACUCUACAAACUCAAUGGAUUUCACGUGCUUGUGCCAAACAGCGCCAAGGACGAGCGGGAAGAGUAAGAACUGGAUUCUGUUUUAGACUAUAUUCAAAUCAACGCUUUAGUCACAUGCCAGAAGAAAGAGUUCCCGAGAUUUUAAGGGUGUCGUUAGAAGAGCUGUGUCUAAAUGCCAAGAUUAUUGCACCGAAGUCCAUGAACAUAUACAACUUUCUCUGUUUAGCCCCAGAUCCACCUUCAGUUAACUCAGUCGGUGUCGCUGUUGAACACUUGCAAUCCCUAGGAGCUCUAGACAAAGAGGAAGAUCUUACAAGAUUGGGAGAAUAUUUAGCUCAGCUUACACUCGAACCGAGGCUCGGAAAAAUGCUGAUAUUUGGUUGCAUUUUUAAAUGUUUGGAGCCGAUGCUGACACUAUGUGCCGUUAUGGCACACAAAGACCCAUUUCAACUACCCCCACAGGCAAACUUGAAAACUGUUGCCGCUGCGAAACGACGUGAGCUUAUAGAUGGUGUUCCAAGUGAUCAUUCAGUCUAUUUAUUGGUCUUUCACAAAUGGCAGAGCGAAGUCAGCAGAGGUCGUUCGAAACAAUUCUGUUCUGAAUAUUUUAUUUCCGAAUCAACUAUGUAUUCUGUACUGGAGACCAGACGACAACUACUAGGCCAACUGAGAGCCGUUGGUUUUGUUAAUGACACUCACUCAAUAGAUAAUUUUAAUGUGAACAGCAAUUCAUGGGGUUUAGUCAAAGCCAUCAUGAGUGCCGCAUUUUUUCCCAACGUUGCUUAUCCAAUACAGAAAGGAUGCAGUUUGGCCACCAGAAAUGAGAAAAAAGUGUUCAUACAUAAUACAAGUGUUUGCGCUUCAAAAACAUAUUGCGAUUGGUUCUUUUUUAAUGAAAUGGUUAAAAAUCGAAUUAAUUUUAUGGUUCGCGGUGUCACAGCAUGCACUUCAUUCAUGGUUGCUGUAAUGUGUGGAGUUAGUUCCAUUUACCCAUCGUCCCACUCAGUUAAUAUAGAUGAUUGGCUGGAGUUUUAUUUCGGCGAUAAUAUAAUUAUCAAAUUUCGGCAAGCCUUACAUUCGUUUAUAGAAAAAUCCAUCUUGAAUCCAAGGCAUUCCUACGAGAAAGACAAUUUAAUUUCUGGAACUUUGCGAAGAAUAAUGGACAUGGACGAAGUUAAUGCACAAUUUGUACAGCCCAAAAAUGUGGGACAGAGACCCAGGUUUUUAUAUAAAGUAGUACAUGAAGCCAGUGGCCCAAAUAGAAAUGUAACAUUCAAUCGCAGCGAUAUGAGGCAGCGUUCAGCACCCGAUAAUUUUCAACGGCAGGAUCUAAACGCUAAAUCCAUCGAGGACCAUAAAAAAGGUCGUACUCCGAAGCGUUACAUUCCACCUCAUAAGAAAGAUGUGGCAGUACCAAAAUCAGCUGCUCAACAUUUGAACUUUGAUUCUUUUGGCUCAAGCACUAGUGUCUCUAAUAUAAUACCGAGUAUGCAAAUUCUUAGCCUGAAAUCUGGUACAUCCAAUUCAGCAGCUUCUUUAUUGAAUGGCUUAGGACCAGUAGCUGCUAUAGAUCGAGAAAAUAGUCCCAGUGCUUCUAACUAUCAAAAUGGCAACGGAUUUUCUAAAUACAAUUACGGUGGUUAUCAGAGGCGUAACCACCAGUCAGGAUAUGCGAAUUUGGACAGUUUUAAUGGAUCUUUCAAUCCGGAUAGAAAUGGAUAUAAUCAAUAUAGUUCUGGAUAUGGAGAACAACAAACGAACAGUAGAGACUUCGAGCUAAAUGGCUUUAACGAUGCACACUGUUUCACUCCUCGGCCAGAUUUAGCAGGUCGCAAAAUUGUUAAACAGCAGAAAUUGGGAGAUUUUGAAUGCAGAGACGCAUUUUCACUGCCUAGUGCAGAAACGGCAUUGGAACCCGAUCUUCUCCCAUUUCCGAAUUUUGCAGGCCCUAAUGAGCAGCAGCUUCAACCAAUGAAUUGGAACUCAAAUGGGUAUCUUGAACUUCAAUUACCGCCAAUGAAUGAUGCAUUCCAAAGCACCAAUUCUCAUUUCAACGCCACUCCUGGUCACAAUAGGUUAUCGGCGAACGCAAUGCCUUUUGCCAUGCUUCCAAAAAAAUCUAUCGAUUAUCCCGAUAAUCCUAUUUUUAUCUUAAUAAAAGCAAACGAGAAACGAAACGUUGAUAUUGCUCAAAGUUGCAAGAAAUGGGUUCUGGCUCCCCAAACGGAGAAGCAAGUAGUAAAGUUUGCAAGCAAAGAAAAGAUCGUGUACUUCGUAUUCUUCGUUAAAGAGCUUCAGGUGAUUAUGGGGAUCGCAGAAUUUACAAAUCUCUACAUAGGGACGUCUAAACCAACCGCCAUCCUUGCCUGGAAGUAUAUGUCUCCUCUGCCGAGACAUAAAAUCAAGCAUCUGGUAAAUCCAUAUAACUUCGAUAAGCCAAUUUGUGAUGGUCUUGAUGGAAUGGUCAUUCGACAAGAUGUUGGCGAAGAACUCAUGAGGAUUUAUGCUGAGUUUGAAAAACUGAUGUUUAAAAAUCGGUAAACACUAUCUAGAUUAAGUAAAACAUAAGUAAAUCGAGACUAACCAUUUUUUUAAAUCGAGUUUCAUUUUAGCAAAUAAAUAUCUGUUUGUGCAAUAUGUGAUCAUUAAGAUCGAUAAUCUCAUUAUUCAACACAUGAAAAGUCUACAUUUACAUAUUUUAUUCUAAACAAAGAUUGUUUAAAUGUAUUUAUUGAUCCUGAGUUACUCCUGAAUUUCAGAGUAGGUACUUAUUAUUAUAGCUAUUUAUAUUUUAGAAUUUCAAAAAAUCCAAGUAUAGUGGCGAAGCGUAAAUUUUGAAAUACAAAUUUUUUCAUCCCACCUGCAAUAAAUAUUUUAAUCGAAUCAUUUAGCCGAGUUGCAAAUAGUUGAUUUUUUCCGGUUAAUUGAACUGUUAGUUGCUUGGCUUUUGCUAGCAGAGUAAAAAUUACAGCAUCAUACUCAUGGUAUUCAAACUUUCAAUCUUUUUAACCAGUGUUUUCUCAAACAAGUUACCAAUAACAGUGUUUUUAUACCGCAUCAAUCUUGAACAACGAGAAUACCAGCCUAUCUUUAUUAUCUUCUUUAAAUGCUUUAAAUAUUAUCUUUUUAUGUCUGCGUGGAAAUACUCUUGCAUUUUAAAGAUAUUUUAGCUUAAAGAACUGACUUAUUAAACUAGUGAGAUAGAUUAUUUUUAUUGUAUUGUUUAAAGCUGUUAAAAAUACUUUUGGUAAGCCACCAGUACAGUGAACAAUA